AUGAAGAAAAAAUGGUUGCAUACUAUUGGGAGAGAAAAUUGGGAACCAAAACAGUAUUCAGCUGUUUGUGAGGUUCAUUUUGCUAAAGAAAUGUGGGAAAAGGUUCGACAGGAUGGAAAGAGGAAAUUGAAGAUACAAGCAGUACCAACAAUUUUUCCUGCAUGCGAAGAACUGUAUGAGACAACUACUGAAUCUUCUAAUGAACCUAAAACGAAAAAGUUAAAAUCUGAUAAAGAUUAUAAUGAAAUUAGCAAGGGAUUUUCAAGUAUCAAAGAAAAUCAUUUUCAGUUUGCGACUAUAGAAAAUAUCAACAACAAAACCAGUGAUAAAUCUACAAACAUUGAAGAGCAUCUUGAAGCAACAUCCUCGAUAUUCAAUGUAACACCAGUUUCAUUGGAGCACGCUCUGGCAGAAAUAAAAAUAUUACAACAAGAACUUCAAAAUAAAGACACCGAAAUAAUCCAAUUGCAAGAGAAAUUGGAUAAUAUCGAUAAAAUAUUUCGUACAGUUGAUAGAUCAAAUAAGACUCUUACGAAGCGUAUAAGAAAACUCAGAAGCAUUGAAAGCAAUUUAAGGAAGUAUAGCACUGAACAGAUGGCUAUGAUUAGAAACAUUACAUUACCGAUCCUCAAAAAACUAUCAUCUUUUUCUUUUGAAAAAACUGAAGUUAAUACGAAGAUCAUUCAGUUGUUUAAGACCACUAAAGAUUUUCUAAGGCAAAAUCCGAAUGUCAUCUUAACAAAAGCUGACAAGGGAAAUAUCACAGUGGCAUUAAAUAAGAAUGACUACAGGUCUAAAGUCUUGCAGAUGCUUGAAGACAAGGAAACCUACGUAAAAUUAUAG